AUUGAUACUCCUAUGCGAGUUCUUCCGAUCGGUGAUUCCAUCACUGUUGGCUUCAAAAGUUCUGACAACAAUGGAUAUCGUUUGGAUCUCCGGAAGCUCUUGGUUGCCGCUGGUAAAUUGGUCACCUUUGCUGGGGCUCAGGCUGCCGGUGAGAACAACAACGAGAAUCGGCACGAAGGGUAUGGCGGCUUCACGAUCGAUCAGAUCAGGCAAAAGGUCGACAUUGACGGUGUUCUCGCUCAAUGCCCUACUGUUGUUCUCAUCCACGCCGGUACAAACGACAUCGUUCUUCCUGGAAGUCAUGAUCUUUCAGACGCGCCACAGAGACUAGAUAUGCUUGUCACGGACGUCCUAGACAAAUGUCCCGCAUCAGUAAUACUCGUCGCCAAAAUAAUCAAUUGCACGUUGUCGACGGAAGACCAAGCAGCAAUUGAUUCCUUCAACUCUGCAAUCCCUGACAUGGUCUCCAAGCAUUCUCGUCUUGGCUACAAGAUCCGCCUAGUGGAUCAAACCAACGUCGGCGGCAAAUUUCUCAACGACCACAUUCAUCCGACCGAUGCAGGAUAUAACCUUAUGGCUCAGAAUUGGUUCCAAGCUUUGCAGGCCUUGCCGGAUUCUUGGAUCAGGGAAGCUCAGAUCGCUGGA